AUGGCUGACCCUCUCUCGGUUGCUGCGUCUGUAGUGGGCCUCAUCACAGUCUCGGGAAAGAUCGCAUCGUCAUCUGAGCGGGUCAUCACCGAGAUGCACACCAUGGAAUUGAUCUUUAAGAGGAUCCAACAAUUCAUUGAUGGAGCUAGCGCCUCCGUUGACCAGGAAAGGUUGUCCAUGAUAUCUCUGCACGAUCUUCUGGCCCUGUUGAUGGGGUGCAUGUUUGUCUACUCGAAACUGGAGAAGAAGAUUAAUGCGCUUGGGGGUCAUCCUGAUGCCGAUUGGAGUCUGCGCCAUAUCGUCGCCUUGAUGGAUGAAUUGGGGAGACACAAGAUCAACCUCACCCUCAUGCUCAACACCAUCCAUUGUUCUUGGGUUCCUGAAGUCAACCCAUCCGACCUCGGUGGAGGUUCGGGGAUUUAUGCAUCGCUUGGACGAGGUGCCAGCGGAUGGCGACCCGAUCUCGAUCACGACUACGGCUGGUCCCCGCACACUAAGGCAACGGUCAUUCGAAGCAGACUUGCGAAAAUCAAGACCUUAUCGGAAGCUCCGAGUCUAGAGUGCCUCCACCGUCUCCCUAAACAGCUCAGCCACCAAAACUACGAGAGGGACGACACUCUCUGA